AUGGAAAGCCACCAAGCACAAUUUUCACAUGACGGGCUACUUAUAACACUCCAACGCCAGAAAGACGACAUUCCUAAGCCCUUUAUUUUCAAAUGGACACCUAAAGGAGACUUCUUUAAUCCCUCAGAACUCAGUCUAUUCCGCGUUGUCGAGAAGACUGGUUCCGAUGAUAUUCGGGUGAAAGAAGAAAUUCAGUUCUCCGACCAGGACAACCAUAAAGAGCCAAAACCGAUUACUGUCAGACAGUGGGCCGAUGACCAUGUCUUUGAACUUGGUCCUGACAAGUCUAUUUCUUUUAAAGUGAAUUUCCCCGACUCAUGGAGGCAGGCUCUUGUUCCUGGCGAGAGGUAUGAACUGUUUUGGAGGGGUGCGACGGGGAUUGCAUUAUGGGAUUGGGGCAACUUGGACGAGUAUAUGGGCAGAACAUUGGAGGUGAAAGAAGCGGCGAAGAGAAUCUACCUACGUUGUAGUAGUGACAGUGGAAAUGAUCAGAUGAGCGAUGGGCCCGGAGUGCUGAUGCGUUUUACUGCCAUUGGCGAAAACGUGAAUUUGCAGCGCGAUUCUGGUGCGUCUAUGUUUACGUCUCCAGACAUGGACUUGGCAAUAACUCGGAAGAGCGUUUCAAGCGCACCGAUGCUUAGCCUAUCGCUCGAAAUAGUGGAUGGUCCCGGAAAGCUAAGGCGAGACAACAAUGGAGCUCUAACGAUGGAAUUCCGAUGUAAGGUUUUAUAUCACGGGGUUGGAAGCGCUAAUCCCGCUACUGCGAGCCCUAUCACUUUUCACUGCAAUAUUUUUCGCGACGAAUUAAGUUACAGAUUGGAUUAUCAUCGUCGUGAUGAGGAUGAAAAGUGGAAACCCUGUGGUUACCGCAGCAUUUGUCUCGGGUUCGCGGAUUGGCCCGACGCCGAGGUCAAUAUCUCCCAAAAUACGGACUUUGUGAGUCUCCGCCCUGGCGAAAUCUGGACUACGCCUAUCGGGCUUGACGAUGAAGUCUGGGAGUUUCCGAAUGAUCUUCAGCCAGGGGAUGUGUUCCGGUUUGUAUUUAAGGGCGCUACGGUAGAAUGGUGGGACUGGGGUAGCAAGGAUCAAGCGCAUACUCAGACGGUGGUCACCGUUGAGUCUAUUGCUUUUGGCAGCGUUGUCAACCCAGCUGAUAAUGGUGGCAGGCCUCUGAUUGUGAUACCACCCUCUAACCAGGUCGAGUUUGAUUUUGCUGGUUAG